UCGAAUGAUACCGAUAUCACGAGCAUCGAGCGGACUGGCGUACCCAAUGACGUUUCCGGUAGCUUUUGGGUGGGCGGGGCUAGCAUUCCGAAACGAGACCCGCGCGUGAGUCGCUCCGCGGUCGCUACUGAGCGCGCGUAGGCGAGUCGGUCUCUCGGAACUCGUCGUCCACCUACCGCUGCGUUCUCCAUCUGGCGUGCUGCGGGCCCCGCGUCAGGUUAGGAUGAGCCUUUCGACCGAGGCGGGAAUUGCGGCUUUGCUGGCCGCGGCCGCGUUGCUGUGCUCGGUGGCGGCGGCCGACUCGCUGCCCAACCAGCGGCCCGUCGUCGGUGUGCUGGCGCAAGAAAUCCUGCCGGAAGACCCCUUUGCCGCGGGAUCCUCCUACAUCGCCGCCUGCUACGUGAAAUAUUUGGAGAGCGCCGGCGCCCGCGUGGUUCCCAUCAGGAUCAAUCGCACCGAAGAGGAAUAUGUCCAGAUAUUCUCCACAAUUAACGGGUUGCUGUUACCGGGCGGAAACGUGGACACCGAGACGUCGCUGUCCACGCGAGCGGCCAAGAUCUUCUACCGCCUGGCUCUCAAGGCCAACAACGCCGGUGACUACUUCCCGAUCUGGGGGACCUGUCAGGGUUUCCAGCAGCUGACGUUGUUGACGGCCGACAGGAACUUGCUGACCGUCACGGACACGAGGAGCGCCGCUCUGCCGCUCAACUUCACGGCGGACUCCUCGUCCAGCCGUUUGUUCCGUAACUUCCCCGCCGACUUGAUGCGGUCUCUGUCCGAGGACAACAUCACCGCCAACUUCCACAGCUGGAGUCUCUCGCUUCAGAACUUCAGCCGGAACGGCAAGCUGAAGAGGUUCUACAAGGUUCUGUCCACCAACACGGACGGCACGACGGACUUCAUCUCUACCAUGGAAGCCCGGCAUUACCCGUUUUACGCCGUGCAGUGGCACCCCGAGAAAUCCCCGUUUGAGUGGGUGGACAAGCCCGGAAUGGUCCACUCCACCCAGGCCGUCCGAGCGUCCUUCUACACGGCCAGUUUCUUCGUUUCGGAAGCGAUGAAGAACCAGCACAAGUUUUCCAGCCCUGCAGAGGAGGAGCAAGCCCUCAUCUACAAUUUCUCUCCUGUCUUCAGAGGCAUCAGCUCCAUCUUUGUGCAGAAGUACUACUUCGAUUGAUACACUAAAAGUAAAACUGCGUUGGCAAUUGUCUUCCACUAGAUGACGCCAUUUCACGUCGCCCACUGGACGUAAUAAAUGUCGCUGGAGUUC